AUAAACAACUAGGCGAACAAUAGGUGUACUUACCGCACCAGUACUUGCUGGCUCCCCGAUAUUGUCCUUCCUUUGGGUUCUUCGUUCCUCCCCUGACGGUCUCAGUCCAAGAUGGCGGCCCUCACUCGUCUCGGCGCCCUCUCUCUCCGGCUGAAUCAGCGGCUCCUGCAGCCCUCCGUGGUGCGGGCCGCGGGCAUCUCCACCUCCAAGAAGAACAAGGACACCGUGACCGUGACGGACGUGAUCACGGACCAUGGCAAGUCCAAGACAGAGUCCUCGGAGGCCGCCAGCAAGAACUGGAUCAGCUGGGGGUUUGACCACUACUCUCAGGUGGAGGACAACUCGACCAUGCACAUGACCUUCUUCGUUGCCGUCACCCUCUGCCUCGUCACUACUGGCUUUGUCUGGUCCUACCUCCCAGACUUCAGAAUGCGUGACUGGGCACAGCGCGAAGCUUUCCUAGAGUUGCGGCGCCGGGAAGCUCUGGGCCUUCCUGCCAUCGACCCUGACCUUGUUCCACUGGAUAAGAUUGAGCUGCCUGAUGAUGAGGAGCUCGGCAGCAGGGAAAUCAUCAUCUGAGAGGACAGAGGGAGAUACUUCCGUUGCAGCCAUGCCCACAGCCACAACCACAGCCACUGUCUGGAUCAUCUUGCACCCAGGGUUCCCCCAUUCAGUGUCUGGGAAAGUCAUCCUGGAGUGGAUCACUUUUCUAAGCUAUUUAUAAAUUAAAGCCAGUUAACUUCAAUCUAUUAACUUUUUGUAAUGGUGACCAGUACAAAGCAUGCUGGAGAUCCUUGAGUCCACCCUCAUUGAUUAUCACAUUUGUUCCUGAAUUGUAAGCCUCAGCUUUGUACAAUUAAUGCACGACAGCCAUGACUACAGCAACACUGGCUGGAUGGUCCCUGUCACCUUCAGCAGUACAGUAUUGACCUAAUGUGUCGGAAAACACACGGACGUGCAUGCGUGUGUGAUGGCAGUGGUGUAGUGGAGGGCUGUGUGUGUGAGAGGUGGUGGUGCUGCACACCUUCCUUUGUGAUGUGAUGGUAUGCCUGGCAGAUUGUAAUUUAUGAUGGUAGGGCUGAGUCUUAAAGUGAAGUUGUUUAGUGUAAAUAUGUUACAACUUAAAAUAUAACAUUUAUUAAGUAAG